AUGACGACUGAGGCUGCAGAGGAAAUCGCUAAGAAGAUCGAUAUUGUAAUUGCUUCCAUCGGCUAUAAUGAGGUUGACCAACUACCUCAAGCAAAUAUUGGUUUUCCUUGUGUUUCAACAAAAUUAAGGUCUAAAAGGGGUUCAAGGGAUCCUGAAAGUCCAUCCAAGCAUGAAACUAAAUCUUCAGUGCUAAAGAAUAAUGCAUGUAGCACUAAUGAUAAUCAAAAUUUGAACAAUGUGGUUGUGGAUGACAGCGACAACACUGGAGCAAGAGAUAAGAAAAGGAGGCUUAACAUGGAACAAGUGAAGACACUUCAGAAGAGCUUUGAGUUGGGAAACAACCUUGAACCUGAGAGGAAAAUGCUGCUUGCAAGGGCUCUUCGAUUGCAACCUAGACAGAUUGCUAUAUGGUUCCAGAACAGAAGGACUAGGUGGAAGACCAAGCAGUUGGAGAAGGACUAUGAUCUUCUCAAAAGACAAUAUGAAGCUAUAAAGGCAGAUAAUGAUGCACUUCAAUUUCAGAACCAAAAACUUUAG